ACCAGAAUUCAAAAAAAAAAAAAAAGAACAAAUAGAUUCAGAAAAUAAAAGAAAAGAAACACGCGAUUCAUUCAUCUCCUUUCCUUGAAGGUUGAAUCACCAUAUCCACCAUCGCCGUUGCCGUCUCCGUCCGUCCACCGUACCGUACGCCGUCCUUCCACUUCCUCCUCCUUUUCCUUCGUCACUGCCGCCCCUGCCUGACAGCAGGUUGCAUAUUUUUAUCUGAAGAGAAAAAGAGAGAAAGAGAGAUGUCGGGUAUGGGAGAUGGAUAUGUGGGCACUGCCCAAGAUGCAGUCCGGAUCCGACGGCUAGAGAAACAGAGGGAAGCUGAACGUCGGAAAAUCCAAGAGCUGAAAUCCAAGUCUGCCACCUCCAAUGGUCAACCUGGUCUCCUCCAGUUUGGUUCCAGCACUUCUGAGAUUCUUGAAACUGCUUUUAAGAAAGAAACUGUUGGUCUUGUCACCCGUGAACAGUAUGUUGAGAAGAGGGUUAAUAUUCAGAGUAAAAUAGAGGAGGAAGAGAAGGAGAAGCUUCAGAAGCAACUACAAGAGGAGGAGGAGCUUCAACAACAGAAACGGAAGAAGAGGAAGAUCAAGGGAAAUUCUAGACUAUCAUUUUCCGAGGAUAUUAUUGACAAUGACGCUCAGGAAGAGGAGGAGCCACACCAAAGUAAUAAUAUAGAAACAAAUGGAGGAGUACGGUGUGGUAAGCUUGGUAAAGACCCCACCGUUGAAACUAGCUUUCUACCUGACAGUGAGCGAGAGGCAGAGGAGCAAGCUGAACGUGAAAGGUUACGCAGACAGUGGCUCCGUGAGCAGGACCAAAUUCGAAAUGAGCCUCUUCAAAUCACAUACAGUUAUUGGGAUGGAACUGGCCAUAGGCGUGUUGUCCAGGUACGCAAGGGUGACACCAUCGGAGAGUUCCUUCGAGCAAUCCAACAGCAACUUGCUCCUGAAUUCCGCGAGAUUCGAACAACCUCAGUAGAAAAUUUGCUUUAUGUGAAAGAAGACCUUAUCAUUCCUCAUCAACACAGCUUCUAUGAACUAAUUGUGAACAAAGCAAGGGGAAAAAGUGGACCGCUUUUUCAUUUUGAUGUGCAUGAAGAUGUACGAACAAUUGCUGACGCCACUAUAGAAAAGGAUGAGUCUCAUGCUGGAAAAGUUGUAGAAAGGCACUGGUAUGAGAAGAAUAAGCAUAUAUUUCCUGCUUCAAGAUGGGAGAUUUAUGAUCCAACAAAGAAGUGGGAACGUUAUACCAUCCAUGGGGAUUAAACUUUUGCUGCCAAAUAAUUUUACUUGGAUUUGCUGCUGAGUUUUGAUCUGAUCUUCAGCUGAACUGAUUAUGCCUCAAUUUCCACCUUUGAUAAUGUUGGUUUAAUAUAAUAUAAUUAGCAAUUCCAGUGUUUGGAAUGAGUGGUCUUAAAUCUUCAUCGUAGAAACUUAGACAAUUAGUCAGAUUUAUUUUACAUUACAGUGGAAAUCUGACAGACUGGGCAUCUAAAAUAUGCAGACUUUUUGAUAUACUGAAAGGUUUAAGGAGUGCCUGCUGGCAACCUUUUAAAUCUUAAUCUGUUUCUUUUUGGCACUA